GCAGCGGAGGGUGGGAGCUUAUAUUGAUCGUUCAGCCUCGUACAGUCCUAGCCAUGGAGGAGAGUCCGGUGCGCGUGGAGGGUUUGUCCGUUCAGAGGAUAUCUAGCUCAUGGCGAGUUGUGCAGAUCCUGCUGUACGUGGCGACGCUCGUAGGUGGCGCCGCCGUCUUCCUGUCGCUCAGCACGACGACGAGAGACUUCAACCGGGAGUGCAUCCUGUAUGCGGAGCCGCUCCUGGAAGUGUCCCAGUUAGAGGAGAAUGGCUCUUCUCUCAUCACGGUAUUGUUAGAAAGCAAGUGGGGGACAUUUAGUGUCUGCAACUACUGUACAUAUGUGUCGGUGGCUUCAGCGAUCUACGCGUUUAUAUGGAGCUGGUUCUAUUUGCUGUGCUCCAACAACAAGAAGAAAACUAGAUCAAUGUUGGCUCACCCAUCCAGCAUCGUCAUUCCCUCUCUCGUCUUCUCGGUCAUCUUCUGCCUGCUCAUGGUGCUGGCCAGUUACCUGCUGACGAAGGGAUUCUAUGUCUUCUGCAGAAAUCUCAAGCAAGCGACUGGCGUAGAUGAGUGUAAGACUCUGCAGACUUACAGAUGGGAGGGCAUUGAGGAUGGCUCCUCUUUCUACUCACUCAUGUUUAUGGCGCAGGUGUGCGGCUGGCUGACCGCGGCGCUCUGGCUUAUCGCCGCCAUCGUGCUCUUCGUGCGAUGCGGCACCGCCACCGAUUUCCCCUACAAGACGGUGGCGCCACCUACCGGCGAAGGCGAGCCGCUAGCGGAGGGAAGCUCGAAGGCCGGCGCGUCGCCAUCUCCGCCGCCAGGUUGCCAAUCCCCGUCGGACGAGGAGAAAGAAAGUGCGCCACUUGUUUGGCCCGUCACCACGAAAAAGCGGAUGCUUUUGUUGUAGCAUCGGUGUAAUAUCAGUAGCCUGCUAUCAUAUACCUGCUAAGUAGUACGUUCAUGAAAAUUAUCAUAAAAUAUGUCAUUGCCAGUGACAAUAUCGCUAAAUAUAUCACUAGUAGUGAUGUAUUUUUCGAAUGGUAUGCUCAAUAGUUACUACUGACUUACAUAAUUAACAACAACAUCAGCCCACCUUGAUACUGGCAUUAACGUCAAGCGUAUCGUUGAUAGACAAAAUGUAAAUUGAUGACACUAUACUGGUGACACUAGUGUUCGGGUACUAAACUCCAGGCAAAAGACAUUAUGUACAGUAUGCUGCUAAACCAGCCUGCUACACAAUACUCAGGUUACUAUUUUUUUUUUUACCGUGAUAUUUGUUUUUCGAAGUUAUCAAGCAAGAGCGAUAACCACAUUGUAGAAUCUGAGCGUGAAUACAUUACCAAGGACUCGAAUUUGGUACCGGCCUCCUAAUACAGUAAAAACCCGCGUAUAAGAACCUAGUGAUUAAAAACCUGUUAGGCUAAGAUUUUUCAUUUAGACCC